AUGCCGACCGUCCACCUCUUGGACUAUGUCGCUGGAAAUGUGCGCAGUCUGGUGAAUGCCAUUGAGAAGGUCGGCUACCAAGUUGAGUGGAUUCGCAAACCGGAAGAUGUUCCUUCAGCAGAAAAACUCAUCCUUCCAGGCGUAGGCCACUUUGGUCACUGCCUGUCCCAGCUUGGACAGGCGGGCUUCCUCCCCGCUAUUAAAAAACAUAUCGAGUCCGGCAAGCCAUUCAUGGGCAUCUGCGUCGGUCUGCAAGCCAUCUUCGAAGGCUCUCUAGAGGACCCCGAGACUGCCGGCCUCGGCGUCAUCAAGGCCAAGCUCGACCGUUUUGAUGAUUCGACAAAGUCGGUCCCUCACAUCGGUUGGAACAGCGCCAACACUGGCGGCGCCGACAUGUACGGGCUCCGACCCGACUCCAAGUACUACUACGUUCACACGUACAAGUGCCCCUACAAGAGGGGGGAGCUCGAAGCCGCAGGCUGGACGGUGGCUACGGGAACCUACGGCACGGAAACGUUUGUUGGCGCAGUGGCCAAGGACAACGUCUUCGCCACACAGUUCCACCCCGAAAAGAGCGGUGUCGCUGGUCUGCGCACCCUCGAGGCCUUCCUCACGGGCGAAGGUGCAAAGGCGCUCGCGUCCAGGCCGGCAGACCAAGCCGCGCUGCCCUCCGCGGCUGAUCUCAGCUUCCAGGACGGCCUCACCCGCCGUAUCAUUGCCUGUCUCGAUGUGCGUACCAACGACCAGGGUGACCUCGUCGUAACCAAGGGCGAUCAGUACGACGUGCGCGAGAAGUCUGAGGGCGGCAACGUGCGCAACCUCGGCAAGCCGGUCGAGCUCGCUCGGCGCUACUACGAGCAGGGAGCCGACGAAGUGACGUUCCUCAACAUCACCUCCUUCCGCGACAUGCCCCUGGCCGACCUGCCGAUGCUGGAGAUCCUGCGACGCACGUCUGAGACGGUCUUUGUGCCACUGACUGUCGGCGGCGGCAUCCGCGACUCGGUCGACACAGACGGCACCAAGGUGUCGGCGCUCGAGAUCGCCACCAUGUACUUCAAGUCGGGCGCCGACAAGGUCUCGAUCGGCUCCGACGCGGUCAUGGCCGCCGAAGAGUACCACGCCGCCGGCCGCAAGCUCUUUGGCAACACGGCCAUCGAGCAGAUUGCAGGCGCCUACGGCAACCAGGCCGUCGUCGUGUCGGUGGACCCGAAGCGCGUCUACGUGCCCAAGCCGGACGCCACGCGCCACGCGACGGUCGAGACGAGCCAGCCGGGCCCCAAGGGCGAGGCCUACUGCUGGUACGCGUGCACCAUCAAGGGCGGCCGCGAGACGCGCGACGUGGACGUCGUCGAGCUCGCGCAGGCCGUCGAGGCCAUGGGCGCCGGCGAGCUGCUGCUCAACUGCAUCGACCGCGACGGCACCAACUCGGGCUUUGAACUCGAGCUCAUUGCCCAGGUCAAGGACGCCGUGCGCAUUCCCGUCAUCGCCUCGAGCGGUGCCGGCCACCCCAUGCACUUUGAAGAGGUCUUUGAGAAGACGCGCACCGACGCCGCGCUGGGCGCCGGCAUCUUCCACCGCGAGGAGUACACGGUGAAGCAGGUCAAGGACUUCCUCGCCGACAAGGGCCUCAAGGUGCGCCAGUUUGAAGGCGAUCUGUAG